ACUCUAUCCACAGGAAAGUUAUCAAAAUUGUAAGCCUCACCCCCCUCGAUGGAGGGGGGAGCUCGAGUGGCUCCUAGUCUUAAAAACUUCAUUUUGGUUCAAAAAUUUACCAUACUAAAAUUCACGCUUCUUUCAUCAAAUGCAGUUUUCUCCUGUAUUUCAGCUGUUUGCCACUCCACUAUAUAGGGAGGUUCCAAACUACUUAAUCUUUUCCUGUAAAAUUAUCCCACCAUCCUAUUUUCCAUGUUCAGUUUUCCUGUUACCUAUUUAUUACGACACAUCAAACUUCCCCUUCCAAAUAAUUUUGUAAAAAUUCCCAAAUUUAUACUACACCAACAAUAUAAUCCAUAAAUUCUCCAUAAGUCACGAAAAAUAUAUUAGAUAAAAUUUACAAAACCCGGAAGAAGAAUAGAAUGAUAAUUUCUUUAUUAAAUAGGUACCUAUAUAUUUUUUUCCAAACUAUUUUGAUUAUUUUUAUAGAGAAACGUACUUAUUGAACCAACAUUGUAAGAAACAAAUCUUCAACCUAUUCUAAUACUUCGAGUUUUGUUACAUUACAGGAUCCAGUGAAAGUAAAACCGUGGAAAAAUGUCAUCGACGCGACCCUUCAAAGGGAAGGUUGUAGACAAUAUUCGUUGCGGAAACACGAGAUAACUGGUUCGGAGGAUUGUUUGUACAAUAAUAUUUAUACACCGAAGUUACCCUCAAAGGAAGAGCCUUUGAAAGCGGUCAUGGUGAAUUUGCACCCAGGAGGACAUUUCCAUGGUUCGCCAGAUCCGUGGUAUUAUGGAGCUCCUGACUAUAUAAUGCACAAAGAUGUUGUAUAUGUAUGCGUUGGACAUCGAUUGUACCUAUUAGGAAAUUUAAACUUGCAUAUCAAAGGCUGUUCGGGAAACCAGGUUCUAAAGGAUAUAAUUCUUAGUUUACAAUGGAUAAAAAACAACAUCUGCUCUUUUGGAGGCGAUCCACAGAAUAUAACCUUAAUGGGUAGUAGCAGUGGAGCUGGACUUGUGCAUCUUUUACUAUUAUCUCCUCUGGCCAAAGGUCUAUACCAUAAAGCGAUUAUGAUGGGAAUGCACAAUUUUAAUCCAGUUUUGGUUAUUUCAUCGGAUCACGUUUCGACAGCUUACGACUUAGCCGUACUAACUGGAUACGAUGGUGAACCAGAUAAUCAUAAGAAGUUGCUUAAUUUUUUCAAGAGUGUGGACUACGAUCGAAUAUUGAUGAUAAGACGCGAGCAACUACUCAGAAAUGUUGAAAUUGAAGUGUACCCUGUGUCCCCAAUUUUUGUGAAUUCGGAACCAGGAGAAAAUUCUCCUAUACCUGUAUCACCAGAGAAACUGAUUCCAUCAACAAAUCGCGUGCCGAUAAUAAUUGGAUUCUGUGAAAAAGAAGCUUGUAUGGCUUUCAUGAAACAAGGAGUAUUCAAAAAAGCAAUUGGUACUGGCUUUUAUAAAGUCCUUCAACAUAAUUCCUGGGGAUGGGGAGCUGCUCUAAACGAAGACGAGCUAAGACAGAUUCAAAAAGAAGUAGAAACAUUCUAUUUGGCUGGCGAGUCUAUAGAAAAUGCAUCACAAACAGUUUUAUGCGAUAUUCUAACAGACGCUGCCUUGUCCGAUGUUUAUCGUUCGCUAAUAAAUAUAAUCUCGGAAAAUGAUCUUUCGCCAGUAUAUGUAUAUAAUUUCCAUUUCGAUGGUAAAUUAGAUGGGUUCAAAGCCAUGAUCAAUGCUCGAUUGCAAACAGAAGUAAAAGGUACCUGUCAUGCAGCUGACUACGCCUAUUGGGCUUACAUCGACGACUUUGCAGGUAAAACCAUGGCCAACAUACGUUCGAAAGAACGACAAACAAUAGAAACCAUUACAAGCUUGUUUACUAAUUUCGCAAAAACAUCGAACCCAAAUUACAAAGAAAUGGCAGUCGAAUGGAAACCUACAACUAUUCAACAUCCGAGUCAUUUGGUUAUCGAUGAAUCGCUCCAAGUUAAAGACGAAUUGCUGAAUGGCGAACGAAUGCAAUUCUGGCACCGUUUGAAAGAUAAAUUCAAAAAAAAUUGAUAGAAAAUUACAAAAAUGUGCAAAUAAAAUUUGAAAAAAUACCAAA